AUGGUACUGGUAAAAAUAUAUCAAACGGAACAUCGAUCCUUACUUUCUUCGUUAUAGUCCAAGUUUUGACACUGCCUAAAAAUAUCGCGUAACCCACUUUGUUUCAGCAAGAUUUUACGAAAAAUCGUUGAUCGUUCGUUUGAGCUGUCGUUACUUUCUCCAAAAGUACUAAAUAAGAUUUCCAAAAAUUCCUUUUGCUUUGUAUUCCACUUUCUCGUGUUUAAUCGAGGAAAGAAAUUUCAUUGCGAAAGGUUAAUAGAACAAUAGAUACACUUUGAUUCGAAAUUUAGGUUCGACUAAAUGAUCGAGAAGAGAGGGAACAGCGAUUCGAUUCGCAGUUAAUAACCAGGUGGAGAGGUUUGCCGUUUCUGGAAAGGCUAGCCACUGUUUUUACGCGACGCAUACGAAUGAUUUUCUCUCCGUAUGCAAAUCACCCGCCGCGUAUUAUGCCCGCAUGCAAAUGCCUCUCAUUUGCAAUUGCAAUUAUCGAACGAUAUGUAGGGCACACCGUGAUAAUAAAGACACUCCGGGAAGGGGAGAUCACUUGGAAAUUGCGUUCCGCCGUGAGGCCGCCACCAAAAUUGCAGGGACCGCGUGAUUGUGCUCCAUCGAAACUCCAAUUAAACACCAGAGAACCUUUGUCGUACGCUUUUAGCACAAGAAGCCUACCAACGACUAAAGCAUAA